UCUGGCCAAGAGGCGUCAUAUGCCAGAUUAUAUAUAUAGAUGACACUGGGAGCUCAACCUCGGUGAUACUCUGUUCCCGUGGUGCCACUCUGUUCUGGAGGGAGUUAGGGAAAGCGAUGGAUAGAGGACGGGCGAUGACCGACGAGACGGUGGUGGGGCGGCUGAUGGCGGCGAAAAAAGCGUCGGGGAAGUGCUACUCCCAGAUAGCGGUGGAGACGGGGCUCACCAACGUCUACGUCGCCCAGUUGCUCCGCCGCCAGGCCCAGCUAAAGCCCGCAACCGCCCUCGCCCUCCGGGCCGCCAUCCCAACGCUUACCGAUGAUCUCGUCUCCGAGAUGAUGAACCCGCCCUUCCGAUCCUACCACCCCAAUCUCAUCCAGGAGCCCGCCAUCUACCGAUUGAACGAAGCUGUUAUGCAUUUUGGAGAGAGCAUCAAAGAAAUCAUUAAUGAGGACUUUGGUGAUGGCAUUAUGUCAGCUAUAGACUUCCACUGUUCAGUUGACAAGGUCCAAGGUGUUGAUGGGAAGGACCGUGUAGUUAUUACAUUUGAUGGGAAGUAUCUGCCUUACAGCGAACAGAGGUCUGAGCAUAUGGUCUCAAGGUUGAGGCGUUGAUAAAUUUCUUAAGGAGGAUAUUCUAGUUUGUAUGCAUGUCAUUUAUAUGUAUGUCUGUGUAUGACUUCGCAAAUAUGUGACUUCCUUGGGAUAGAGCCAUUGCUUCCGUAUUAUGGUUUUGUAACUUCUCAGUUGUGGGAACAUCUCGCAAGGCUUUUCUUUUCUUUUCUUAAAUUUUUAUUCGUUGUGCUGGAACACCUUUCAGGUUAAAAUACUCCCGCACAAAGCACAAUGCGUAA